UCAUCACAUGAUGAUUAUCUGAUUCUUGUUUUCCAAAGUUCACCUGAUUUUUCAGGUAAAUAUUACGUGCAUGAUCAGUUCAGUGUAUGCUUACAUACUGAGGCGAUGAGAUUUGAUUAGUGUGAUUUAGAGUUGCGAUGGAGCCUAUAGCUAGUGAAUUGGAUUGAAACUAGAUUUUUUGAAGCUGUUUGUAAUGGAAGACUGCUGUCAAAAACAGUUUCAUUAAACCCAGGAAAACCCCAUCGCAACAUUCUUCAAAAAAUCUAUCACUCGAAUGGAUAGGAGUCGCCAUGGAUGAACUGAGAAGAAAGCUUGAACUGCUCGAGGAGCAAGACAAGGUAUGGCGGGCUCAACAGAACGAAAUCGAGAAGAGAAUCCAGCUGGAUUAUGAGCGUAAACUGAAGAAACUGGACGAAGACUACGAGAGAGCUGUAGAAGAAAUUGAUUUGAAAUUUAACGCACGUAAGAAAGCAAUAAUAUUGAAUUACUGCGGGCAAAGCAUGUAUGAAAAAUCGGUGGACGAAGAAGAACAAAUGUGCAGCGACAAAACAAAAUCACACGCUGGAAACGAUGGAGCAGUUUGCUUAGGUGCCGCAGUUUCCCACCAAACUGCUACCCAUCAAACGCAAACGUACGUAUCGAAAGACAAAAGCAUUGAAAUUGAACCGAUAGAUCAAGCGCUGCAAAGCACCAGCUAUGAAGCAGCGACAGUCGUGCACCAUCCUGAUCACCGAACAAACUUGAUUGAAUACAUCGGUUUCAAUACCAUCGCAGAGGAUAGAGGCGGGAAAGAAUUAGUUCACACAGGAGCUAGGAACGAUUUUGCGUGCAAUCGUUUUGUGGAAAUAAUAGUUUUUGAUCCAGGUGGAAUAAUGCAAAAUAGAUCAGUUUUGUUACUAGUUUCACGGGUGGGAGUGUUGAGAGGAGUUUUAUAAAUUCUGUGAAACUGGUAACACUGUUGAAUUCUCAUAUGUGUAUGCUUACAUACUGAGGCGAUGAGAUUUGAUUAGUGUGAUUUAGAGUUGCGAUGGAGCCUAUAGCUAGUGAAUUGGAUUAAAACUAGAUUGUAUAUUUCUUCAUGCUUGUGAAUUAAGUUUAAUUACUAUUAAUUGAUAAUAAAUUCCAGUUUUGAAGCUGUUUGUAAUGGAAGACUGCUGUCAAAAACGGUUUCAUUAAACCCAGGAAAACCCCAUCGCAACAUUGUUGCGAUGAUUUUCCUCUGGCUCGAAUGAAACCUCCUUGACAGCAUUGUCCAUUGUGCAAAGCUUCAAAGCUAGAUUUUAUUUCAUAUUAUUAAUUGAUAUUUCCGUAUAUAUAAUUCAACUUACAAACUAGUUUCUAAGCCAAGAUCCAGAGCAACAUCACAACACUUAAACUAAUGCAAUAUAAACCAAUAUUUUAGUAUGCAUAUGUAUGUGCGACGUGCGUGCCUGUAAUUCCAGUUAUAAAGCCAGUGUUGCCAGUUUCACUCAUUAUUUCAACUCCUCUCAACACUCCCACCCGUGAA